UAUCUAGCUUUCACUAAGUGCUCGUAGCUGUCAAAGUUUUAACAGUCUGUUUACUGUAUUAACCAAGAGUAAACAGACGUCCCCGCAGCUCUUCUGUAACUUAGAAACUAGUGAGGGACAAACCAAACACCCCCCCUCGCCGUUCAGUUAAGCUACUCUCGUCUGCAAGCCUGGAGAAACUUCUUCUGCUUUAAACAACACAGAGAAACAAGCAGCGGGGGAAGGAGAAGAAAGAGAGGGCAGCUCCUAAUAUACAGCCAACUCUCUAGGAGUUUUUUUUUUUUUUUUUUUUUUUUUAAGCCUGAAAUUAACCUCUCCAUCCAUCUUCCUCCAAGAGUCUCUGUGUCAAUUGCACCUGCAGUCAUGACACGAAGAUCCUACACGAUUUAUGCGGUCGGGAUCACCAGUGCCGUCUUGUUGACCGUUGGGAUUGGCUUAUUUGUGGGUCAAGUUUUCACCACGUUAAUGCAAAACCGACUCAAAAAGGAGCUUAUCUUGGUUGAGGGCAGCCGUGUGUUUGAGUCAUGGAAGAGACCCCCUCCUCCUGUCUACAUGCAGUAUUUCUUCUUCAAUGUAACCAACCCGGAUGAGAUUGCCGCAGGGGAAAAGCCAGUGCUCAAUCAGGUUGGACCCUACACAUAUAGGGAAUACAGGUAUAAAGACAAUGUGAGCAUGGUGGAAAAUGGAACAAAGGUGUCUGCAUACAACACAAAAAGCUUUGUGUUCCUGAGGGAGAAGUCUGUUGGUGACCCAAGUGUUGAUAACAUCACCACUGUCAACAUCCCUGCAUGGGCUGUAAUGACCAAGUUGAAAGGGAAUUUCUGGAAGGCCUCCAUGGUGUCCAUCUGGAUGAACAGUUUAGGGAGUGGCAUCUUCACCACUCUCACUGUGGAUGAAUUGUUGUGGGGCUAUGAAGACCCCCUGCUGGCCCGCCUUGCCCCAUCCUAUCCAGAUGUGGAGCCAUACUUUGGACUGAUGUACAAGAAAAAUGGAAGUAACGAUGGGGAAUUCAUCUACCACACUGGGGAGCAGAACUACAUGGAUUAUGGCCGGGUCGAAACAUGGAAAGGUCAAAGGUCGCUAAACUUCUGGACGUCCAACCAAAGCAACAGCAUCAAUGGAUCAGAUGGAAGUGCUUUCCAUCCCAUGCUGGAAAAGAACGAACGCCUUUACAUAUUCACUCCAGACCUCUGCAGGUCGAUCUACAUGGAGUUUGAGAAAGAUGUAGAGGUGAAAGGAAUCCCAGCUUACCGCUUCACACCGCCACGCUCUGUUCUGGCCAGCAAAGAGGAGAACCCAGCCAAUGAGGGUUUCUGCGUCACCCCUCAGGAGUGCCUGGGAACUGGCCUUCUUAAAGUCAGCCCCUGUCGGAAAGGUGCCCCUGUGGUGGCCUCCUUUCCUCAUUUCUUCCUGGGAGAUGAAAAAUAUGUAAUGGACAUCGAUGGAAUGUACCCUCAAAGAGAGCAUCACCAAACGUUCCUAGACCUUAACCCGACCACUGGAGUGAUUGUACGUGCCAGCAAGAGAGCACAGAUUAACAUCUUGUUCAGCAGAAUCUCUGGGUUCCCGAAAACAAGACAGUUGAAGGAAAUGAUCUUUCCUGUCAUGUUCCUGAAUGAGAGUGUGGUGAUCGAUGAUGCGUCUGCAGCAAGAGUUCAGAAGCUGCUGUUGAUCGUCACUCUUGUGUCCAACUUCCCGCUCAUUAUUGUGGGACUGGGGGCCAUUUUGCUCCUUGUCUUGAUCAUUCUCCUCGUCCGUGCCCGCAAUCAGCAGAAUGAAGUUAAGCGCAUUGUGUUUACCAAGCCUGUCUAUACUACCACUACUGCAGAUGACACUUCUUACUCUGCAGUCAGCGACAAGGAAAAGGAAGAUCCCCAAAAUGGAACCUAUAUUGGUUUGACGGCUAAAUCUGACCCACAAGAUUGAAGAGAAGGGAGGAAAGGGACAGGAGAGGGUUUUUAAACAUCGACAACCCUUUCACAAAUAGGGAUUUUGGUUUUCAGGAGAGAAAAAACGAAAAGCAUCAUAAAAAAAUUGUCAACACCCCUGUUAUAAUUUGAAAUCUUUCUAUUUUAAUAUUUUACCCUGGAGAGGUUGGAGUAGGGGCAAAGGGGAGGAAAUAGUUUUUGGUCUCAAAUAUACAGUACUGUACUGUAUUGUUUUGUUUUUGUCAUUAAGAGCUACCUAAAAUCCAGGUCUAUCUCACUGGAUUAAUUUGAAAACUUUGUAUGUUUCUAUGGCUGUUUUGGCUCCAAUCAUAUUCAGUCAAAUGUUCAUAUCAACCAGGAUGCAGUCCUCUCAUGAGUAGAGAUGGAGAGCACAAGAUGUCAGAUGGUGGACAAACAUAACAAAACACCUACGUGAACCCUGAUAACUCAAAAAGGGUUAGGAUCAUUUUAUUUUUAUGCCGCUGGCCCACCUUUUGUUCUGUUUGGCUCAAUUUGAUUCUGGCCACGUUUUGGACUCAGUACUUUCAGAUAUCAUCGACUGACUUCUACAUAACAGGGUGUACCGGGCAAUUGGGGACCAGGGUAAUGAAGUUUUUUUUUUAGAUAUACUAUCACUCUCAGGGGGUCUCUGUUUAGAUAUAAUCAAACAUUAUUAUCGCAAAAGUGAAGAGCAACAUGUACAGCAAGUCUUCUGUUUUUGAAGACAUUUAAAUCCGUUCAGUAUUACCAUUUUUCAUUUACAUUUCAUCCUAAACUAAAUGUUACAAAGCAUUUCCAUGGCUUAUUAUUUUCUAUUCGUGCACUGACUUUCGAGGGAGGCCUGUAAACAUCGUUGUACAUCAUAUCUGAAAAACCUUCAGAGUAUGGCAUAUUUUUUGUAUAGACAUAUUGAACUGCUUACAUUCCUCUCAGUGUAUGAUGGGGGUGAAUAUCAAACAAAACGCUGUAUAUUUUGGAGACCUUUAAUUUUUAUGUAAAAUAAGAAGUCCUUCGCAUUUUUUGUGAAUGUUCAAGUUGAAAUGUUCGAACGGAGAACAUGUUUAGUUCCCAAAUGUGCCAUAAUGAGCUACUCUUUUAUCUGCCAUCUACAUGUAACCCUUAAUACGAAAGGAUUUUACAGUUAAACAUUGAUUUACGCAGUGCUGACUUGUGUUGACACUAUUUUUGCACUGUGUAACAUUGUAUUCUAACUGACAUUUGCCAUUUCAACACUUAUGUUAGCUUAUUAUCAUUUCAAAAUGUGCUCUGGCAUAGAAUCAAAUCAGUUUUUUGGAUUUGCUGCUCAGUUUUUACAACAUAAUAUAUUGCUCGUAUUGUUGAAGGUCUUGUAAGCAUUAUUGGUGCUGAUUAUGACACACAAUAAGGCUUUCAAUCUCUCAACUGCUUGUGAAAGACUUUCAGAGAUUUUAUGUCAGGCGUCCAUCUGGUGGAAGAAAUGCUGUUGUUGAGCCUUUAUUAAAAGAAUCAGUGUUACUGGAUAUUAUGUACUUCACAUAUUGUGUGAAAAGAAUGCCAUGCCAUACCAAGUCUUCUCUUAAGCGGAUACCAUUUUUUUCUACGGCUACCAAACAAAAACUGAGCAUGAAACACUUUGAGGUUGAUCGUUUUUGUAUAGCUGGCAGGGUCAAACUGCACUUUGAAAAAGCUCUGCUGAAUGUGAUGUUUUGUACGGGGCUACAGCUUUCUCACUCAAGGCUGUUUAAAAUUUUCGAUUUCAGGUGCCAUAGCAUGUGCCUCUAUAAACUUAUUGUAAAGUAGAAAAUACUACAAAAUAACUCAAAUUGAACACCGUCGAGCACAGCUUUUUUCUGCUGUUAUUCUUAGUUGUAACAUUUUAAGGGUGAAUGAGUUACUUCAUACAACCUCUUCAUUACAUUCACUGUAGCGAAUGAAUAUAUCAUAAAUUUGUGGAUAAGUUGUUUCAUUUAGAGAUGUUUGCUUCCUUAUUUGAUUUGUGUUUGAUGUAUAUUUUAAUUUACUUACAACAAAUGUAAUAAAAAUGGUGAAGAUUAAAGGAGAGCGUUUAACGUAGUCUUAUUAUAAAUUCAUGAGAUGGUGAAUGAAUGGGUAAAUCAAUAAUGGUUGUGAUACAAAAAAAGACACAGUAUUAAAAAAUAUUAGUGUAGUGGUUAAAGAGGAUAAAUUAUUUUGUUGUCAUUGAUAAAACCAAAACACAGAAAGCACCAUAUGGACUACACUGGGCUACGUUGUGCCAUACUUUGAUUACAGAUUGUUGAUUCUGAAUUGAUCAUAACCACAUAUUCUUCUAAUUGUUGCCUGUUUUGAAAUGUUGACUGUUAAUGCUGUUUUUACUGUGUACACAAAAAUAAAAUUAGUUUCAGUAAA